GUAGCCCCGCCCUUCCCAGUCACCGGGUCACAUGACUCUGGGUCAAAGCUCUGCGCGUGUGCGCGCGGCUUCGUGUGAGGCGGAAGUGGAGAGAGUGGAGACGGAGCUCACCUGGAGCAGGUGAAGAAGAAGAAGAAGAAGGAGAAAAUGAGUAAUCCCAUCCCGUCCAAUCUGAAGUCUGAGGCCAAGAAGGCCGCCAAGAUCCUGAGGGACUUCACCGAGAUCUCCAACCGCAACGGACCCGACAAACUCAUCCCCGCUCACGUCAUCGCCAAGGCUGAGGGUCUGGCCAUCAUCUCUGUCAUCAAGGCUGGAUUCAUGAUCACGGCCCGAGGAGGAAGUGGCAUCGUCAUCGCCCGACUCGCCGACAGACGCUGGUCGGCGCCAUCAGCCAUUGGCAUCGCCGGUCUGGGCGGAGGCUUCGAGAUUGGAGUGGAGGUGUCGGACCUGGUCAUCAUCCUGAACCAGCGGCGAGCCAUUGAGGCCUUCACCAAAGGAGGAAACCUGACGCUGGGUGGGAACUGUACAGUGGCCGUGGGACCCAUGGGCAGGAAUGUGGAGGCGGAUGUGGCGCUACGCAGCACAGCCGCCGUCUUCACCUACUGCAGAUCCAGAGGGUUGUUUGCUGGUAUUUCUCUGGAGGGAUCGUACCUCAUCGAACGCAAAGAAACCAACCGCAAGUUCUACUCUCAAGACAUCCGAGCGUCGGCCAUUUUGAACGGUGACGUGGAGCCUCCGUCGGAGUGUUACGACCUGUACCACAUCCUGGAGGCCUACACCGAGGCCUACACCGCCGACUGGACCAGCAAGCACCUGAACGUCAAGUCAUCGAUUCCACCAUCCAGACCUCCAGCCCCUUCUCAGCAGAGACCAGCAACCAGUUACCAACCUCCACCGCCCAGUUACCAACCACCGGCAACCAGUUACCAAGCACCACCGGCAACCAGCAACAAGCCUGUAAACCGUCUGUAUCCGAGUGUGUCUGUGUAUAAAUCUGAAACAUCAGGUCAGUUCAAGUCCAGAAACAACGACCACGGCGGGGCUUCGUCAGAGGGUGGAGCCAGCGCGGCACUGGUUGUCACGGCGACCCACCCCUUCACCGGUCAGCAGCCCGGCGACCUGAGCUUCAGCCCCGGUGACCGCAUCACCGUCACCACCCGGACCGAGUCGCAGUACGACUGGUGGGAGGGGCAAACGGACGACGGCCGUGUGGGCAUCUUCCCCGCAAACUUUGUUACAUACUGACGGUGACGCCGCCAGGUGGCCAGAGGCGGGACUGCAGGAGGGGUCAAAGUUCAUGAUUGACGGGUUUGACUCCGAAUAAACGGCUUUGUCAUAAUGGUGAUGAUGAUUAGUCAUAAAAACAGGGAUUUUCUUCUUUUUCAUUUAACGUGAAUUUAAUUGUCAUUCAUUUAUUAUUUCAGGAAUGAAUCCAGAAACAGAUUAUAUUCAGCUUUUAUUAAAACUACAAGAUACAACAGAAAAAAAGGAAGAAAAAAACUUGAAGGAUUCCACACAAAGUCGAACAUUUACAGAAAACAAUUGUAAAAAAAAAGGAAGAAAUUCAAGUGAAAAAACGUAUUCAAGAUUAAAUUUGAGUAAAAAAAAAAUCCGUACGAUUAUGAAGUCACGAAUCUGAGAAGAAAGAAGAAAUUCUCAGAUUAAAAACCAAAAUGUAUAAGAAAAAAAAUCACAAGUUUGAAAUAUUGAACUGAAGAGAGAGGAAAAAAAAGAAAUAAUGUGACAACUUUAAAUAAUAGCUGGUGGUUGGGUGUUGCAUUCAGGACCUUAAGACUGUGGGAAAUGUCAGCGCUUCCCUAAUCUAGAAUCUGGUGGCGUUUGAUAUUUAACAGGUUGUGGUGAAUUUAGUCGAUGCUAAUGCGAUCAAUACCUUUCACUGUUGUUUUAGCUUUGAAAGAAAUACAUCUGAAUUUAUAGUGUAGAUAAAAUAGAUCAAAUGAAGUAGUUUUAUUUUUAUUUAUAUGAAUAAACUAAAAGAGCAACUUAAACACAUGACAAACCUACUGAUUUAUUGAUUUCUGGUGAAGUUUUGGAGGAAAAUGUGACAUUUUUAGGUGUUUUUUCUGCACUAAUGGAAUAUCUCAGUUACAUUAAACAUUUUCUGUUACAGUGUUUUGUUUUGAUGAUUUUAUUUUAACACAUCAUCAGAACUUUUGUUACUUUAAUUAAUCAAUAAAUCCUUAACCA